CCUCCAUAAAUAAAUACAACAAAACCCACCAUUGUUUUACACUUCUUCCUUGUCAACCAUAUCUUGUUUAUUUUCUAUUCUCCUUUUCUUUUCUUGGUUUUCUCUAAGCUUGAAUGAUGAAAACCAUGGAAGACCAAUUUGCAGGGAGCCUAAUGAUAGGUGGAAAAGAAAGGGAUUCAACCCAGAUUGACGAGAAAUCUUUUCCUAGUCUUGAUCAAGUGGAGGAGAUUCUUGAUUAUAAAUUCAACAACAAGGGCUUAUUAGAAGAAGCUUUUACGCAUUCUUCUUUUUCUGAAAAGCUUUCAUAUGAGCGUUUAGAAUACGUUGGGGACUCGGUGCUUAAUCUCCUGUUCACCAAGGAACACUUCUUCUCGUACCCGGAUUUGCCUCCCGGGUCCCUGACCGGCCUCCGCUCAGCAAAUGUUAACACAGAGAAGCUUGCUCGCGUCGCCAUCAAACUCGGAUUGCACAGAUUCUUACGGCACAAGAAACCUCUUCUUGAGGAACAAAUUCGAAAAUUUUCGGAAGUAAUAUCGGAUUAUCCUCUGCAUUCAAAUGGACUGGUCGAUGUGCCCAAGGACCUGGCAGAUAUAAUUGAGUCAACGAUAGGAGCUGUUUUCAUUGACAGCCAUUGCUCAAUUGACACCGUGUGGAAGGUGUUCAAGGGUUUGUUGGAGCCUAUCAUCAGUGUGGAAACACUGAAGAAGCACCCAGUGACUGAGUUGUAUGAAGUUUGUCAGAAGCGGAAGUUGAAGGUAAAAUUUGUGGAUUUAUGGAAGGAAAGUACAACGUUUGAUGUUUUAGUGGAUGAUCAGCUUGUGGGAAGAGGCACGUAUGCUCUCAAGAAGGAAAUUGCUCACAACAGAGCUGCAAACGAUGCGUUGAACAACAUUGAGAGAAUCAUAAACGAGAAACCUGGAAGGAACUAACUAACUGACCGUGUUUGAUAUUUUAUUCGACAUGUAUAAGCUUUUACAUAACAAUAAAAUUAUGUGCAUCCAUUUUUUUAAUAUAA